AUGCGACGUCUCACAUUCCACGUUUAUUUGUGCUGUCACGCAACGAUUACGCACAAGUGGUUGACACGAUCGAUCAGAAUGGUCGAGUUAGCAGGCGCGAGCGUUAUCUCCGAUCCAAAUGACAUUUUAGAGAAAGACAUUGGUUAUCUUUUAAAUCGUGCUGACUUGCAAAGGCACCGAGAAGUUUUCAUUCGCUUAGGAAUCGUGAAGGUGAAGCAUUUUAUUAACGUUCAAGACGAUAACCUGGAGAGUAAGAUUGUUGGUCUCACUAACAUGGAAGCAGAACUUCUCAAGCGAAACUUCACUGAAAUCCGAGCUGAAUCUCAACAACAGGACUUAGACAGUACAGAAAGGGAGAUUGAUGUGGUGGAAUUUUGUUCCGAAGAAGACACAACUACAUCAGACGACCUGGAACAAUUUGCAAAGGAGUUCAAACAGCGUAGAAUCAAGCUCCAUUUUACCCAAGCUGAUGUUGGACUAGCUCUGGGGAAACUUUAUGGCAGUAUGUUUAGCCAGACACACAUUUGCCGUUUUGAGGCUCUACAACUGAGUUUUAAGAACAUGUGUAAGCUCAAGCCAUUGUUGGUGAAGUGGCUCGAGGAAGCAGAUAGUAACAGAGGCUCUGCAAGCGGCACUGAUGUGCCAGGUUCUCCAGUGAGGAAACGGAAGAAGAGAACAUCAAUUGAGCUUACUGCCAAGACUGCAUUGGAGAACUACUUCAAUAAAAAUCCCAGACCAUCCUCACAAGAAAUUGAUGUGCUUGUUCAAAACCUUGGUAUUGAGAAAGAGGUUGUUCGGGUGUGGUUCUGUAACAGACGGCAGAAAGAAAAGCGAUUAAGUGAGUCAUUAACAGCAGAAGCAGACAAUGAACCGGCUGAAUCACAGUGAUUGUGCAUCCACACAAAUCAUUGUUGUUAACAUUCCAGCAGUAAAACGUUGUAUGUAUCCUUUUUGUUUUUCAUCAUGCAGAUGUGCAAAGAGUAAAACAGACAGAAUUGAAUGACAUGUUGAUAUUAUUGAUUGUCGUUAGUCAUUUUUAAUUUUGUGUUUGCCUUUUUUUUUUGUUUGUUAGUUCAUGUUUUGUAUCACUCUUGGUACAAUAAAUAAAGUUCUAGAAGCAAGAUAUUUAUGCUAAAGGA